GCCUGGUCAGCCACUGCGAGGAGGAGUCUCACUUCCUCUGUGUACAUAAGGCAUUCCCCAAGUGUCCCGACACACAAGUAAACAGAAGAGAGGCAGGCACUCAAAGACCGGACCAGAGGGCUGUAUCUCCAGGGGAAGGCAGAGAGACAGGCAGUCACUCAGAGACCGACCAGAGGGCUGUAUCUCCAGGGGAAGGCAGAGAGACAGGCACUGAAAGACCGGACCAGAGGGCUGUAUCUCCAGGGGAAGGCAGAGAGACAGGCAGCCACUCAGAGACCGACCAGAGGGCUGUAUCUCCAGGGGAAGGCAGAGAGACAGGCACUGAAAGACCGGACCAGAGGGCUGUAUCUCCAGGGGAAGGCAGAGAGACAGGCACUCAAAGACCGACCAGAGGGCUGUAUCUCCAGGGGAAGGCAGAGAGACAGGCACUCAAAGACCGACCAGAGGGCUGUAUCUCCAGGGGAAGGCAGAGAGACAGGCACUCAAAGACCGACCAGAGGGCUGUAUCUCCAGGGGAAGGCAGAGAGACAGGCACUGAAAGACCGGACCAGAGGGCUGUAUCUCCAGGGGAAGGCAGAGAGACAGGCAGUCACUCAGAGACCGACCAGAGGGCUGUAUCUCCAGGGGAAGGCAGAGAGACAGGCACUGAAAGACCGGACCAGAGGGCUGUAUCUCCAGGGGAAGGCAGAGAGACAGGCAGUCUCUCAGAGACCGACCAGAGGGCUGUAUCUCCAGGGGAAGGCAGAGAGACAGGCAGUCACUCAGAGACCGACCAGAGGGCUGUAUCUCCAGGGGAAGGCAGAGAGACAGGCACUCAAAGACCGGACCAGAGGGCUGUAUCUCCAGGGGAAGGCAGAGAGACAGGCACUCAAAGACUGGACCAGAGGGCUGUAUCUCCAGGGGAAGGCAGAGAGACAGGCACUCAAAGUCCGACCAGAGACAGCUAUACUCCAGGGGAAAGCAGCCUUCACACCGGGAAGGAGAACACAGACGCGUCGGCGUCCGGGGUUCAUCUCACCGGUGAUGGGCGGGAUGGAGUCCAGGCGGCGGCAGAGGCAGGCGGGGGGGCAGGUCCUCAUGCUGGGGCUGGACGGAGCGGGGAAGACCACCCUGCUCUACAAACUGAAGCACAGCGAGCGCGUGGUCACCGUGCCGACCGUGGGCUUCAACGUGGAGAUGCUCGAGACCAGGCGCCCCGAGCUGGAGCUGACGGUGUGGGACGUGGGGGGCCAGGCCCGGAUGAGGCCCCAGUGGAGGCACCACUACGCGGACACGGGGGUCCUGGUGUUCGUGGUGGACAGCGGGGACCGGCAGCGGCUGGGGGAGGCCCGAGAGGAGCUGCAUCAGGUGUUGAGCUGCCAGAGCCUCAGGAGAAUCCCUCUCAUUGUUCUGGCCAACAAGCAGGACCUGCCUGGAGCUCUGAGCCCCGCCCAGCUCAGUAUGCGCCUGGACCUGAGGAGGGCGUGUGGGGAGCGGCUCUGGUUCGUCCAGCCCUGCUCCGCCGCCUCCGGUAUGGGGCUGGAGGAGGGGUUCCGGAGGGUGGCCUACCUGCUGAAGACCUGGCUGAGACAGACCUCCAAAGGCUGUUCCGAGACGGUCAAACGUUCAAAGCUUAACUACUUGGCUUUUGUGACGGUGCAACAAGUCCUAUGCUUUGUUUGAGGUGCAUUGAUUCACCGUGGGAAUCUUUCUCUUACCUGUGCGUACAUCACUGCGGAGUCACGACGGAGGCCCGGUCUGGACCAGCAGAGGUUACGGCGUGUGAACCACUGUGAAGGAGCACGAUGAGCCUCAUCAGAGUCCAUACAAGGACUCUGGGUUUGGGGUGUGCUGCCUGGUGUUUGCUGCCUGCUACCUCGAAUCAGGGCGGUUCAAAGCAGUCAGAAUGUGCUGGUGGAGCAGGUUGAUACGACAAUGCUGAGGGGGUUAAUAUAAAUAAAUAAAUAAAUAAAGGCGUAUCUAUAAAUAUCUAUGUCUAUAUCUAUGUCUAUAUCUAUAUCUAUAUAUAUAUAUAUAUAUAAUUGUCUACAUAAAUGUUAAACUGCAUUCCAGUUUAGAUUACAAACAUUUGUCUGUGUCAUUUGUUCAUAUCACUUUAAUAAAUAUUAAAGUAUUACGGAAACUUUGACUUGUCUGUUGUCUGUUGCAACAAACCAUCACAAAGUGUGAACACGCACCAGAAAUGUAAUCAUAACCCCGACAGAGCAGUUAGGAAGCCAAGUGUAUAACCUGUAUUAUUCUAGCUCUGAUAAUAUGUAUCAUGACAACAGAAACAAACACUGAGUGUUAUUAAUUGCUGCUGUGCGGCGUUCCUCAGAGAUGACCUGUUCUAGUUAAACCAUAAUCCCGCUAACCAGACAGACCAAUGAAGGGAGAGGGAACUCCCCACCCUUCCUCUCCGCGCCAGGCUGUCCCUCCACCGGCGUUCCCAGCGUGCACCGCGGGCAGACCAGUACAACGCACUCCGCCGACCGCUGAAAAGGGGAACUAGAUAAGGGUAGCUCACUAGCGCGAUUCGUCGGUAAAAAAGCUAUUGAUAAUAAACCUAUUUCAGACAUGGCGGACAACGAGAAACUGGACAACCAGCGGUUGAAGAAUUUCAAGAACAAGGGCCGUGAUUUGGAG